GAUCCCCAAAACCCUAAAAUGCAAAGCUGACAAAUUUCGUUGCUUCGUUUUAAUUAACUCCUUUCCUCUAAUUUGUCAUUGAUUUUUCCUCCAAUCGUCCCUUCAAAGAAUCAAGAUGAGGCCUUUGGACGAGACUGAAACGGAGGCUGUUUUCAAGAAGCUACACAAUUUCACUGGCAACAAUCUCAAGAACAUCGUCGAGAACCCUUCCCAUGAAGGACCUGACCCGAAUCCUGGUCGCUACUGCUUCAGGCUCCAGAAGAACAAGGUAUACUAUGUCAGUGAGUCUUUAGUGAAGAGAGCUACGAACAUUAGCCGUAAGAAUUUGGCCUCUCUGGGUACUUGCAUAGGCAAAUUCACGCAUGGAGGUAGCUUUCACUUGACGAUUCAGGCCUUGAAUCUAUUGGCUGCCAAUGCUAAACACAAAGUUUGGCUGAAACCCACAUCCGAGAUGUCGUUUUUGUAUGGAAAUCAUGUACUGAAAGGUGGAUUGGGGAGGAUUACUGACAGUAUUUCGAAAAAUGACGGGGUUGUGGUAUUCUCUAUGUCUGAUGUGCCGUUAGGGUUUGGUACUGCAGCAAGAUCGACCCAGGAUUGCAGGAAAUUGGAUCCUAAUGGAAUAGUGGUGCAUCACCAAUCUGAUAUUGGUGAGUAUUUGAGGAUGGAGGAUGAGCUUUAAGAGAAUUGAGUGUCUUUAGGUGGUUUUAGGAGGGUCUUCGAAUAUGGGUUGGUGUUUGGUUGUAGAGACAUGCUAGUUGAAUUAAGUGUGUCUCGUCUAAUUUUGAAUGUAAUAUGAGGUUGUUGUUAUGAUUUUGUUUGGAAAUUUGAUGAAAUGGCUUUCUUACUUGCCUUUUUCUGUUAUUCAAUUUUGUGUUUAUAUUAGUUUCA